GUCUGUUAUGCUGCAGCUCCUGUGUAGAGGGAGAUGUCCCCAAAGAAAAGCAGCCCUGGGUGGAGCCCUGUGGUCGGUUUCUGCUCCGCUGCACGGUCAAGGUCAAGAAGGGCCGCAGGAGGCAGAUGCGAGAACUAUUUCUCUGCUCCAACGUGCUGUUCAUUUCCAAUACCAAAUAUGAAGACAGAUUCAAUAUUAAGUAUUCAGUGCCCCUGGAAAUCCUGUGGGUGUCUGACAGCCUGGAGAAGACUGGGAGAGCCAACAGCAGGGCCAGGAGGUCCCUAGUUCUAGGCUGGCCUAAUUGCAGCAUCGUGAUCUCCUUUUAUUCUCUUGGAGAUAAGGAGGAAUGGCUUUUCUGUCUGCGCAGAUUUAUUAAACUUGCCAAAAACAAAGCCCAGCAUGAGAACACUUCCUUGGACACAAUCAUAGAAGACUCAGAGGACUGUACUUUUGUAA